GGGAGGGGGUGGGUAGACAUGGGCUGGGAACUACCCAGUAGAGAGAGGCAGCAGAGACAGUGAGGAGGGUGGCAGCUUGGGUUUCCCAGCCCCAGUGCUCCCACUGAUGUCCCCAGCCCAAUUCAAGGCUGCAAAGAGACUUGAUUAAGCUUGACAAUCCCAAAGGCUGGGUCCCCACACCUGGCCCCUGCCCGCUGGGUCCUGUCCCCACUUCCUAAUCCCCUCCUUCCCUUUCUCUCUGUCUCCCUCUUCUCUGUGUUUCUCUGUCCCUCUUUCCAUCUCUCUCUCUUUCUGGGUUGUGUUUCCUUGUUUCCUCUCUGACAAAUGCAACAUGAACGGGAAAGAGGCACCCAGUUGCCCGGGUGGGGCGGGCAAGGCAGGCAAGCCGGGCAAGGAGAUCCUGCACCCACACCUACCUCAUUUAAGUGUUGGAUUUUUUGCUGUUUUGAAAUGUGAGAUCCUUUUCCCCAGCCCUCUAAUUCCCUCAACUCCCCACCCCCCACCCCAUCUGAAUUGGGGGUAGAAGGAAGGGGAGGGAAAAAAAAAGGAAAAUCUUUAGAAAAAAACUGUUGUUUUUAACUGUGGGCAUGGGGUAGUGACUAGGGCUGAUGGGAAGCAACUGAGAGAGGGUGACCCCUUGAUCCCUUCAGAGGCUGGGCAUCUCUCCUUCUCUAAACAAGUUGGGAGGGGUGAGUGUUGGGGUUGUGUUUCAGAACCAGGGUGUCCUCCUCUUGUACUCCCAACCCCAUCAUGAGCCCAGUGCCUCCCUCAGCCUCUCCCUGGAAUUGGAGGGGAAAAGAGGUUGUCUUGAGUUGUGUACCCAUUCCCCAGGGGGCAGGUUGGGGCCCAGAGCUCACUUAUUUCCCCAGCCACCAAACUGCUGCUGGUCUGGUGGGAAGGGAGGUGUUGGGGGUAGGGGAGCUUAGUGUCAUCGUGGGGAGGGUGGGGGGGGUAUUUAUCUAUUUAUAAGCCGGAUUGUAUAUAGUCAUGUGGGGCAUGGGGGGGCCAGCAGGAGGUGAGAACCCUCCCCUCUUCCCCCCACCCCCGGGGAGAGCAAAUGUAAAACUACUAAUUUUUGUGCUUUAUAUAUUCUAUAUAAAUAUAUCUAUUUUCUUUUUACAAAACCAGUUUAUAAAUGGUAGGGGACGAGGGGAGGGACACCCGGAGCUCCCCUUGUGGGGGGGCUGCCCUCCAUUAUCCCAGACUUGCUGCCCUGCUCCUCACCCUUCCCCCCCCCCCCACUCCCCUGGCUGUGACUGCUGUAAAGGGGAGGGGAGGGGACAAGGGCUGGGCUCAGUUUCCCCACUCCCAGAUGUACAGUUGGAUUUUUAUAACGCACAAAAGUGAGCUGGCCCCUAGGGGAGCCAGAGGGUGACGGGUCCCCCUCCCUCCUUUCCUAUUUCCCUCCCUAAACUUGUGCUGCAGUUGAUUGAACUUCCUGGAGUGGGGGUGGGGGGUAGGGGUGGGGUGGAGUAACCCCUAAGCCCCUCUCUGGUAGGGAGCCAUAGGUUUGAAGAUGAAGUUUUUAUUCAGUUCUCUCUUCUAGGGGCUGUGGGCAAAGGGCAUUUUGUAAUUAUUUUUAAAGAAUCAAACAUUUGGAGCAUGAGGAUGAAGGUGAUACCAGCAGAGAAGGCUGGAGCAGGGAGCCUAAUCGCUGUUGUGUUUUAGGUUUUUUUGUUUUUUUCAUUUUUUUUUGUUUUGAGACAGAAUUUUGAGUGGCAGUGGGGGGAGGAGGUGGAAGAAAUUUUUUUUUAGGAAAAAAAAAGCUGUUUCCUCAACUGUUUAAAGAUGCAAAAGUUUAAAAGAACUUUGUCCUCCCCUUCCCCUUACCUCCACAAGGAGCAAAGAGAAGGUGCUGUAAAUAAACUGGCAGCGCCAGACACUGGGCUUCUCUACCACUAUCACCCAGCCUCUUCCCCUGUUCUUCAUCACCCCCAACCACUGGACCUCUUCCUUUCCAAAAAGCAAAAGGCCUAGAUUUCUGGGAGUGGUGAGCACUUGGGCCAUACCCAUUGGUAACUGGCCCCAGAAGGUCUGGUUCCAGACUGGGCUGGAGCCCAGUUUACGGUUUGGGAUUGGGGAGUGAUAGGGGCAUGGGGGAGGAGGGGGGGCAGACUUUGUAAGCAUAUGCUAGGUAUGUGAUAGUCCUGUAGACCUUAGUGAAGAAACCUUAUACAGUUUUUAAUUUUUAUAUAAACUAUAACUCAGACCCAAGCUACAAGGUUGGAAUUUUGGUUUUUUGUUUUGUUUUUAAGUUCCCUGCUUGUAUAAUUGCAUCGGAAGCUCCCCUCCCCCCCCCCCCCCCCAUGUUUGUAUUUUGGGUUGCUUUUACACUUGCACAUAUUCGAGUUUCAGUUUUCCAAUUUAAGGUCACCCCUUCACCUCCAGGACCCUCCUUCCCCUUUUUCCCUCCCUCAGCCUCCCUUGGAAAAAAAAAUCGCUAACAAGUGUGAAUCCCGUGAAGACUUUAUUUUGUGUUGUGUAUGCUGUACAGCAAGGUUUGUCCUUCGUAACAACAGAUGAAAUGAGUCUCCCCUCCCCUCCUUUAUAAGGCCUCGCUUCUCCCGACCCCAAAGCCCCUGUCCGUGGCAUGUUUUGUAUCGGCGAUCAUUAUGAACUGUACAUAAUUUAUGUUGUGAGAGGCAAAGGGCAAGUUUUGGAUUUUGCUUCUUCCAAGUUUGUUUUUAAAGGACAAAUAAAAAAAAAAAAAGCAUUUUAAAUAUAAGUCGCCUGGAGUCGCUCGGUAGCGCCACCGUCAGCGGCCAGAGGCUGCAUGCAACAGGGAGGGGAGGGCGACGCCCCUUCGGCUGCUUGCAGGCGACUGGUUUCUACCGGAAGGGCGGAGGCUGUGCGUCCUCUCGUGGCGCGGGCGGAAAUAGGGUUUUGGCGACGGAAGUGACGAAAGGGGCGGAUCUAGGAAGCGAUCCGGCGGGCACGUAAGGAACUGGCGUGGAGCGGGAUGGAGACGGUCAGUAUUCCAGAGAGUGGUAUGGAAAAAUGCACCCCAGCUCUGGAAGAGACCCCAGAAUCCAACAGUGCUGUCUAUACCUGCUUCAUGAAAUCCCAUCGAUGCUACGACUUGAUCCCCACAAGCUCCAAACUGGUUGUGUUUGAUACUUCCUUGCAGGUAAAAAAAGCUUUCUUUGCCCUUGUCACAAAUGGAGUUCGGGCGGCCCCAUUAUGGGACAGCAAGAAACAGAGCUUUGUGGGCAUGCUGACCAUCACUGACUUCAUAAAUAUUUUACAUCGUUACUACAAAUCAGCCUUGGUACAAAUCUACGAGCUUGAAGAACAUAAGAUUGAAACCUGGAGAGAGGUAUAUCUUCAGGACUCCUUUAAACCCCUUGUCUGCAUCUCUCCUAAUGCCAGCCUUUUUGAUGCUGUUUCCUCACUGAUCCGAAAUAAGAUCCAUAGAUUGCCAGUCAUUGACCCUGAUUCUGGCAACACUCUGUAUAUCCUCACCCACAAACGUAUCCUCAAGUUCCUCAAGCUCUUUAUUGCAGAGUUUCCCAAACCGGACUUCAUGUCUAAGUCUCUGGAGGAGCUCCAGAUAGGCACUUAUGCCAACAUUGCUCUUGUGCGUACCACCACACCUGUCUAUGUUGCAUUGGGCAUCUUUGUUCAGCACCGGGUUUCUGCCUUGCCUGUGGUAGAUGAGAAAGGGCGUGUGGUGGAUAUCUACUCCAAAUUUGAUGUCAUUAACCUGGCAGCUGAAAAGACCUAUAACAACUUGGAUAUAUCUGUGACAAAAGCACUGCAGCAUCGAUCCCACUAUUUUGAGGGUGUACUCAAGUGCUACCAGCAUGAAACUCUGGAAACCAUCAUUAACAGGCUGGUGGAAGCUGAGGUUCACCGGCUGGUGGUUGUGGAAGAAAACAAUGUGGUAAAGGGCAUUGUGUCACUCUCUGACAUACUACAGGCCUUGGUGCUCAGAGGUGGAGAGAAGCCAUGAGCUGAGUUGGAGGAAUGCAUAGAAUGAAUGCACUGUACCUCUGAUUAGUUGGCUGAGAUAUUAGAGGCUUGGAACCCUUUUAUGAAGCUUACCCACUCACCCUAUCUUACAGAGCGGGUAUAAAGGUGUUGGAAAACACAGAAACCUGCACACUUUGAAGGAAUAACCCCAUCUACACUGAUCCUCUGCCUGAAGUACUGGGUACCCCUCAUCCUAAUUAAUUCUGAUCUCUAAGAGAUCCCCAAUCCUCUCAGCAAAUACUCUAAUUCUAUAUCCUGAAAUAAUGUACCAUGAAACUCAGUAAAAUAUGUUUUUAUUCUUCCUCCUACAAAAGGAGUUGGGGGAGGGGGAGAGUAGUGCCAUUUCCUCCUAUAAUGAUGUUUGUGAAGAGGAAGUACAGCCUUUGAAUUCUUGCUCUCUUUUUCAAACCCUGCUUUGCUUCCCACGUCUUGGGGAGUUGGAAAGGAAAGUUCAAGAAGGCUAGUUCAGAUUUAUUUUUCAUAGUGAUGCUAAUUAAAAUGACAAGGACAUCGA